AAUUUGGUGGGUGUUGACAUUUUUAACACAAUUCUUGUCGCGCUCACUGUCACCGGUUGUUGGACUGAAGAAAUGACUCAACUAGACGAAUAAAUUAUUUCAUGUUUCACGGUGAUCAUGAGUUAUUUCGAAUGUAUGGACUUGAUUUGUAUAUCUACACAUGAUUGACUGUACCGAGCUACAAAUCAGAGACUAAUUUUAUACAAUGGAGGCGUUUUUAAGAGAGACGAAACAUUUGUUGGAAUCAGCCCAGGGUGACUCUCGCAAGAAUAUUCAUGUCGUCCUUGGCAACGAGUCAUGUGACUUAGACUCUGCUGUUUCAGCACUGGUGUGGGCCUAUCAUUUAUCAAAGCAGGAAGAAACACAACACAAGUGGGACGUCGUUGUUCCUGUACUCAACAUUCCCCGCCAUGACUUCCCUCUCCGCACAGAGGUCACUCACUUCCUGUCUACACUGAAUCAUGACGACUCCUUGGUCUUCAGAGACGACGUCAACAUAAAUAACUUGCAUGCCGAUGGACGCCUAUCCCUCACGCUCGUUGAUCACAACACACUGUCCAGAGCAGAUGCCCAUCUGGAUGCGGUUGUGAAGGAGAUCAUAGAUCACCAUAGCAAUAAUCGCCAUGGCGAUGACGAGGAGGAGAUCUGCGUGACAAUUGAGACGGUCGGGUCUUGUUGUACUUUGGUAGCCGAGAAAAUUCUGGCGGAGAAUUGUGACGUCAUUGAUGACGGCAUUGCCAAACUUUUACUUGGACCGAUUCUAGUGGAUACAGUCAACCUUUCAGCCAGCGCUGGGAAGGCAACGGCUAAGGAUAUUACCAUGGUGGAGGAAUUGUCUAAACUCUGCCCUGACCUGGACAAAGAUAAGAUGUAUCAGGAGCUUCAAGAAGCCAAAGCUGACAUCUCGGGUUUCACAUCUGACGAGAUAUUAAGGAAAGAUUUUAAAUGUGUCACCGGUGCGUCCAUGAACAUUGGCAUGAGUUCUAUUCCCAUGAAUCUCAACGAUUUUGUUGAAAAGCCAUCUGUUGAAAGAGACCUUCAUGACUUCUGCUCCUCUAAGAACCUCCGUCUCCUUGUCCUGAUGUCAUUAACCCUCAACCAAGACGAUGAAGCACACAGGCAAAUAUCUGUCUACUCUUCAAACACCUCAGACUCCAUGAAAGAUGAAUUACUCCAAACCCUGGACGAGUCUUCAUCUCCCGAACUCAUUCUUUCCGAGUUGGAAACGGAUUCCCCUGGAGUGGUUGUCUUCAGCCAGGGUAACGUCAAAGCCUCUAGGAAGCAGGUCCUCCCUCUUGUGAAAGACUUUCUUACCUCCCAGGAGAAUUCCUCCACCGCUGAUGAGGAGGAACAAGAAGACGAGGUUGUGACAGAGUCGGACAUGUCGGAUAUUAAUGCAACUCUCUUGAGACUUUCCAGCAACGCCAACAACGCCAACGACCCUCUGGCCACAGACGACCCGUUUGACAUGGGAGAUAAUCAGGGAAUAAGCUCUCCUGAUUCCAGCGGGAUUGAUGCGGGAUCAGCGCUACUUGAUUUAGAUCUCUUUCAAGGGAAUCCAAACGGGAUGCCAACAUCUGAGAGUGGAACCUUCUCCUCUGCUGAUAGUGCGGGUACCCUUGGCUUCACACCCUCUAGUCCUGGCAGUGAUGCUGUUGGGUUUGGAAAUGAUACCGAAGAACUGCUUGGCCUUGAUCCCUUUGGAUCUGGACAGCCAAUGGACUCUGCAACUACACCAGUACCUCCUUCCAAUCCGUUUGAACAGUCGUCAAGUGAUGAUCUAUUUGGGCUAGAUGCCUUCAUGACACAACCAGUGGCUGCUUCUGAUCCCACUCCUGCCUCCUUUGGAGAUCCUGUCAUUCAUGAUUACGCUGCUGAUCCUUUUGGUGUCAGCAUUACCAUAGAUCCAGAGGCACAAGAAUCUGAAUCAACGUCAGUCACUCUCUCAGGAAACAACCCUUUCGGAAUGGAUGGAGAGACCAGUAGCAGUGACUUGCUUGGGUUGGGUACCUUAACAACAUCAACAGACUCUGAGAGUCAACCAUUAAGUGAUCCAUUUUCAUCUAUUAUGGAGAUGACAGUCCAUUCUAGUGUCUCAACAACAGUAGAAAGUUCCUCGACAGAUCUUGGAGACUUUCUUAAUCAGCACCCAGGAAGUCCUGAUCAAGAAGUUUCUAAAGGCGAAAAUGGCCAGGAUGCUUUUUUUGUCACAUCAUCAAGCAGCAAUCCCUUUCCUGUAUCAGAUGAAUCUAAAAAUGACUCGUUUGGGAUGGAUAACUUUGGGUUUCAAACAAACGAACCCAAACUUGAAGAUGGGUUUCCAGACCCAUUUGGAGGAACAGUGGUUUCUACAUCUUCAGAUGUUGACUUUGAGUCGGUUGUGAUGGACACAAGUGGCUUUGGUGAUGAUUACCAGUCUGGAAUUUCUGAACCUGGUGUGGUAAAAGAGCCAGUCGAGGAAGUCAGUGCAGAUCCUUCUCCAAGUUUCGUUGCUGGUCUAGAUGAAAAGGAAAUAUCCUCAGCGAGCAACUUUGAUCAAGAUGAGUUAGAUGUUCAAGAAGGUCAACCUGAGAUGACGCCAGAGAUUACAAUAACUGAGACCUCUGAUAAUGAAAAAGUAGAUUCAGACGUAGAGUACUCAGACAACUUUGAAGAGGAAUCUCCACGAGACGUGAAUCCAGAAGUUGAGGAUGAAGGGUUUAAUGAAAACGAGGAGGCAGAAGCAGCUCCAUCUUUGGAAGAUGAAAUCAAUGAAAUCUGGGAUGAGGUUAAACCUGAUGAAGAAGAUGAUGAUGAUUAUGAGGAUGAGGAGGAUAUAAGAGAAGAAGAUCAAGAAGUGGAUCUUGUUGCGGCUCCUGGGGAGAAAAACUCCAGGACAGCUGAUGAAGAAGACGAUGCAGAAGCUACUCUCAGUGAAGAGAAUAUUGUGCUAGAUGUGGCUCCUGAGAGUCUAGCACAAGCUGUACCAGAUGUGGUUGGUGACUCGCAAGAAAAUGACGUGCAAUCCUUUCUGGAGUCAGAAAUGGAAGAAACAGAAGAGCAGCCUACCGAAGCUUUCAUUCCUGAGAAAUAUCUUCAAGAAGUUGACGAUGUUGUGACAGAAGAAGAAGAGCAAGAGCUGCAAGCUUUACAGCAAGCACAGCUAGAUGUUGAACAUCAGGCUCCAGAAGCUGACAUUCCUGGUGAAACUCUUAUAGGUACUGAGAACAUUGUGUCACCACUGAUUGAUCAAGAGGUGACUGAAGGGCCUGAUAAUUUUGAAUUCAAAGAAAGCGAACCGUCAGGCAGUACUGAAGAAUCUGUUCCUGAAGAAAUGUUAUUUGAAGAUGAUCAAGAGAGGUCGCCAGUUGAUCGACAAGAUUCAUUAGAUCAGGAUGGAAUGACUUCUGACUUGCAAGAUCAGCAUUCCAGCAGAGAAGACGAAGAGUCUCCUCUCUCUGAGCCACAACCAGUUGAGGAGGUGGAAAAUGUAGUUGCAACUAUGAUAGCUCAGGAGAUGCUUGAUGCUCAAGUAUCUAUUCUGGAUCAUCAAGACACGCAAGAAGAUCAAGAGAGCAUUCCCGCUGAGAACCUUAUCCUUGAGUCUAGUUUUGCAGAAAAUGUCCAGCAGGAUAUGGUUUCAGUUUUAGGAACAGGUGCGGAAGUGGAUGACAAAAAUCAAGGGGAGAUUGAAGAUAAAAAUGUGGACCAGUCAUUAGGUGAUGACAGUAACGAUGAAGUCCUUGACACUAACAAUGUGGACCUACAAGUAGAAUUCACGCAUCUCAAAAGUGAUGAAAACGCUGAAGAUCAGGACUCAGCUGUGGAGGAUUCUGAUGUGCAGCCAGCCAUGCUCGGAGAUAAUGGUGGGUUUUCAGAUCUUCUUCAAGGUGGGCAAGAAAGUGAGAGACGUUUUAGUUCACCUUCUGAUGAUGCGAUUGGAAGAACAUAUCCGGAGGAAGCUGAACCUCUGGAACAACUCGAUGAAGAUACUCAAGCACCAGUAGAUGAUGUUGCACCGUUAGAGAGUAAUGAGGUACCAGGUGAUCUCCCACUUGACUUGGUAAUGGAAGCAGAAUCUCUGGAGAGAAACAUAUCUCCAAUUUCUGACGAUGCCCAGACUCGCUCCAGUGAAAUCACAAGCCCAGACAGCGAAUUCACAUCAGAUGUCAUAUCAGAAGAUCCUUCAAGUGGUGAUUCCUACAUCGUUACAGAUUUAUCUCAUGAUGUCACAAACUUUCAGAUCGGUGACAUUAAAGAGGAGGAGGAAGACCAAGUGACGGAGUCCACAGAGACAACGGAGGUCAACUUAGUAGACACAACCUUAGAAGAGAAACUUGACGAUUUUGAGAAUCACACUAAUGGAGAUUGUGAUGGGUCCUUUACAGAAGAGAUUCCAAAGGAUUUGGAGAUUGGAGUCAUUGAAGACCACUUUUCAGAAGAGCCACAAGUUCAGAAAGAUGAAAUGGAGAGGUUUUCCAUCCCAACAGAAGUUGGGUUGUGUGAUUCAGGGAGAAGCAGUCCCAAAGUGACCGAACAAGACAACUCAGCAAUGCAAGAGGAGGCCCAUGAUUUAGUUGAAGGGGUAAUUAAGAUGGCGAAAUAUGCUUACAUAGAACAGUUGCAUCAAGACCAAGCAAAUCUUAGAGAGGUCUCGACAACAGAACAUGGUGAGGAAGAGCUGAGCAAUGCAAGUGAAGAUGCAUGGUUGGUCCAGAGAGCGGAAGUAGCAAUGCAAGAACAUGAAAGUGUUGUACUUGCUACGGAAGUCUUAAGCAAUGGUGACAUUGUCUUAGAAGCCUCCUCAGCUUCUCAGGAGGAAUCAUUGUUGUAUCCUCAAAAGCUCAAUUCAGACGAUGAUGACCAGAUUAUUUCAGCAUCUCUAAUUCAACAAGAGCAUUCUGCUCCAGCAUCAGUGGAAGUAUUUGGGAAUUCUUUACUUGAUGAGGUCACACCAGAUGAGCAGCAAGAGGAUGCAAAUGGGGUAUCCAGUUUGAAUGGUGACAUAGAAGAACCUGCCCUUGAACAUCAAUCUGAAGAGAUACUGCUAGCAACUUCGUUAUCAGUAGAAUCAACAGAACCUCAAGACAUGAAACAGACAAGUGACGGUCUUGAAUCAUCAAGUUAUGAAGCUGAAGAUGUAUUGCAGCCUGAUGAAGAAAAUUAUUUGCAUGUUGAGCCGGUGGCAUCAGUCGUUGAAGAAGAGAUUUCACAGGUAGCAGUCCCACAAGAAGAAAACUGUUUGCCUGUUGAACCGCGGGAAUCAGUCUUUGAAGUUGAAUCAGCAGAACCUCUUGACAUGGAACAUACAAGAGAAGGUCUUGAAGCUUCAAGUAGUGGCGUUAAAGAUGUAUUGCAGCUCGAUGAGGAGAACGAAUUUCCUGUUGAACCGGUGGAAUCAGUCUUUGAAGACAAGAUUGCACAGGUAGCAGUCUCACAAGAAGAAAACUGUUUGCCUGUUGAACCGGUGGAAUCAGUCUUUGAAGUUGAAUCAGCAGAACCUCUAAACAUGGAACAGACAAGAGAAAGUUUUGAAUCAUCAACCAAUGAAGCUGAAGAUGUUUUGCAGCCCGAUGAAGAAAAGGAUUUGCCUGUUGAGCCUGUGGAAUCAGUCGUUGAAGUAGAAUCAGCAGAACCUUUAGAUCUUGAACAGACAAGAGAAGGUCUUGAAGCUUCAAGUAGUGGCUUUGAAGAUGUAUUGCAGCCCGAUGAGGAGAAUGAAUUUCCUGUUGAACCGGUGGAAUCAGUCUUUGAAGACAAGAUUGCACAAGUAGCAGUCUCACAAGAAGAAAGCUGUUUGCCUGUUGAACCGGUGGAAUCAGUCUUUGAAGUUGAAUCAGCAGAACCUCUAAACAUGGAACAGACAAGAGAAAGUUUUGAAUCAUCAACCAAUGAAGCUGAAGAUGUUUUGCAGCCCGAUGAAGAAAAGGAUUUGCCUGUUGAGCCUGUGGAAUCAGUCGUUGAAGUAGAAUCAGCAGAACCUUUAGAUCUUGAACAGACAAGAGAAGGUCUUGAAGCUUCAAGUAGUGGCUUUGAAGAUGUAUUGCAGCCCGAUGAGGAGAAUGAAUUUCCUGUUGAACCGGUGGAAUCAGUCUUUGAAGACAAGAUUGCACAAGUAGCAGUCUCACAAGAAGAAAGCUGUUUGCCUGUUGAGCCGGUGGAAUCAGUCGUUGAAGUUGAAUCAACAGAACCUUUAGAUCUUGAACAGACAAGUGAAGGCCCUGAAUCAUCAAGUUAUGAAGCUGAAGAUGUUUUGCAGCCUGAGGAAGAAAACGAUUUGCCUGUUGAACCGGUGGAAUCAGUCGUUGAAGAAGAGAUCUCACAAGAAGAAAACUAUGAAGAAAACGAUUUGCCUGUUGAACCGGUGGAAUCAGUCGUUGAAGAGGAGAUUUCACAGGUAGUAGUCUCACAAGAAGAGUCACCGCUGAUGUCAUCAACAGCAGACUUGGAGGAGGAGGAAGUCCAAGAUGUUUCUGAGCCAGAAGUGGUUGCAAUAUCUGAAGCAAACACUGAGCAAGGUGUUCCCCUAAGCACUGAAGAAAAUCAAAAAGACACUGCUGACGAGGAGCCCCAGUCUGAAAUUGAAGUAAAUAUAAUUAUCAAUGAAGAGCAGGGACUUCAAGAUGUCAGCAGUAAGUCCGAAGAAUCCUCACUUGGGAAGACGAAGCUUAUCGUUGAAGACGAUGUGAGAGACGUCGACAUCGACGUUGAAAGAGAGGACAAACCAGCAGCUCUGUAUGGGCUAGCGGAUAUCUUAGAAUAUGUCGACCCUGAUGGGAAUGUGGAAGGUUCUGCAGACUCAGCUGUAAGACCGUCGACUCUGUCUUUGCCAAAUAAAUCGACACCCAAAUCUCACAGGCUCCUCUCAACAGGUACUCCGGGCUCAGCUUUGUCUGAUACAGGGACACCACUGACACCAAUCAGUAUGAGUAGCCUAGAUAUGCUCACUCCUGACACCGAUGACAUCCUGGAUAGAUCUCAGGACGAUGUGGCUGAAGAAGGAGAUAGUGAGAAACUGGCGGUGCCGCUGGCUGCCAAGAGACCUGUGUCUAUUGAUCCUGAUAUGGCUGAAGAUAUUCACGGGGAAUGGGACGAUAAGAAGAGACUGAUGGAUGACAUUGUGGAAAAGGAGAGAAGAAAAUCCAUGACAGAGAAACCAACCCAUCAUAGAGAGCUGUCAGUAGCUACGGCCGAAGCAAUGAAGAACAUGGAAGGUGUGACGCUACCUGAUGAAUGGCAAGAUGAUGAAUUCUCCCAACAGAAGCUUGCUGGUGUCGACAGCACACAAGAGGAAGAGUCUUUCUUCAGGAGGAAAGUUCCAUCAACGGAUGGUAAACUGAGAACACGAGAUAGUAUGAUGUCUGACGAUGGCUCAGUGGAAGGAAUGAGUGCCUGGGCGGAGAGACUAGCUGGAGACGAUAACUUUGAUGAGGAUGAAGAUGGUGAUCUGUCUCCGUUACAAGCCAGUAGCCCAGAGCAAAGAAACCGGAAGAGCAGUAUGAAGAAGGUGGUUCACAUUCCUGCAGGGCUUGAUAUCAGUAUUGAUGCUGAAGUGAACAGCUCUGCAACGCCAGCCAUCCUUACGCCAACCAGUACCGAGAUGUCAUGGGAUGAUGACACUUUGCAAAGGGCAAGGGCUGAUGUCGAAGCCAUUCCAGAAUACACAGCUAAAGAGGAGAUGGAAGACCGACGUAACUGGCGCAAGGUUUGCAUCGCUAACAAGGAGUUCACUGUCGAUAUGAGAGCCAUUAAUCCCUACAAGAAAGUUCUCUCCCACGGAGGUUACUAUGGAGAAGGUGUAAACGCCAUCAUUGUCAUCGCUUCAUGUUACAUGCCAGAAAGAUCUCGCAAAGAUUACAACUACAUCAUGAAUAACUUGUUUCUGUACGUAAUAAGCACCCUAGAGCUUCUUGUUGCCCAGGAGUACAUGAUCGUCUACUUUCAUGGAGCAGCUCCUAAAGAUCGCAUUCCAAGCCUGAACUGGAUGAGAAAAUGCUAUCAGAUGAUUGACAGAAAACUACGGAAGAAUCUGAAGGGUCUCUUUAUUGUUCAUCCGACGACGUGGCUGCGGACAAUCGUCCGAUUCACGAGGCCAUUUAUAAGCUCAAAGUUUAGCAAAAAGCUGAAGUUUGUUGAAAAUCUGGAAGAGCUCUCCACCAUGGUGACCAUGGAAUAUGUAUAUGUUCCGGAUGAGGUCAGAAGAUUUGAUGAAGAAAGAUACGAGAAGGAUGGUGGAGCGUUGUGGGGGUGGAUAAGAGGCCGGGGAAGAAGCGGAAGUGAAUCGGGAAGCUGCUACACAAUGGGCCCUGACUAUGACACAACACACCAUGACGAGGAGUACAUCGAUGAGAUGCUGUACUGUCCAACCUCACGAGCAGCAAGGAGGAGGGUUUCAAUGCAGCUGAGACGUGGAAACUUUGCCCUGUCUGCUCUCUCUAAGGAGCGGGCCAAGGAUUUUGAAGAUUUCGAUAGUAGUGAUUAUAUAGAAGAUGAUAUGUUUGGUGAUAUUGAGGAUGAUGGGGAUGAGGAAGGAGGGGAAGAAGACGAGGAGGAGGAAACUGACGGAGGAGAGAACAAUCUUAAGGAUGAAGACACUGUGGAGGAUGUGAGGUGUCAUGAUCUUCAUCAAGAUCUUGAGUACGAUGAAGAAUUCCAUCCUCUUCCUCGUUAUCAUCCUGGGGAGCAGCAUCGUCAUUACCUUCAUCAUCCAUUAGAGACAGUUGAUCUUGAAGAAACAAGGAGAACACCUUCGGGCACCCACAUACAACGGCACAAACGUAAACAGUCUGGGAAAAGAUGACUUGAAGUAACGUACCAGUGCAAUAAAGUUGUGUCUCAAAUUUAGUUUUGCGUGUACAUUUUGUAAAUUAUGGAAUAUAAAAUGAGGUAAAGCCAGUUGCAUGUACAACCACACCUUAGAGAA